UUUUGGUAGCGGAGCUUUGCACACAACAAAACUGAAGAUCUCAUUUGAAUACUCUCGCUUGGAAGUAUUUUUCAUGAAAGCCAUACACAUCGUAGGUGGUCUUAAUGAUGAUGAGGAAAUAGAUUCUCCCUUCAUCAGUGUUGGUCUGUGGUAGCGCGGGAUCUUGCUACGCAGAUUUAGGAAGUGAAAGGAAGUAGAGCCUGUCGCCGCCUAAAUGUCCGAAUAGAAACCCCUUACUCUUUAAAUGUUCGUCUAAAGGAAGUAGGCUUCGUUUCCUUUGACCACAGCACGGAUUGGGGUGCUAAAUCCGCCGUAUCUGGUGAUGAUGUUGCGGCCUUUAUGACCAGUGCAUGGAAUGUCAACUCGCUCUGAGCCGAAGUUUUCUCGAGCAUGAAUCAGUCUGGCAAACGCGGCAAGAGCCGCGGAGGACCAAACCGGGGUCGAAGAAAUACAGGAUCUCCAAAUCACCAGACAUUUAAUCAGCCGAUGAAUGAGGAUCAUGAUUUCCCCAGUUCGUACGACAACCCUUGUUUCGUUCAUGCUGUAACGUCACUUAUAGGCUGCCAUGUCCAGCUAACUGCUGUCAAUGGGUCAGUGUAUGAUGGAAUCUUGCGAACUGUCUCUCCCAAGGUUGAGGUAGUCUUGGAUGUUGCUCAUUUGGUAACAAAAAAGAUUCAGCAUGGUAGUCCUGAGGAGUAUAUCCAAGUCCCAUCCAAAAGUGCCACCAUGGACACCUUUGUAAUUGCGGCUCGGAACAUCAUAUCAAUUGAUGCCCUUAACAUUGACCGUGACCAAGUUAUGAAAAAAGACACAUUUACUGACCAGGCAAUAAGCAACAAGGUGAAUGGGCAAGUGGUGCACGAACGAGAACUCAAGAAAUGGGAAGACCCGGGUGGUGGAAGCGAUGUUCAUUUUGUUCUGGGAGAUAAUCAAUUGCAUAAUGGACUGGAUGCUGAUGAAAUGCUGGCCAUAAAUGAGCAGAAAUAUGGAGUCAAGUCAACUUAUGACAGUGAAAUGCUGUCGUACACCACGGCUCUGGAAAAGUCCUCUAAUCAAGAGUUUAAAGAAAAAGAAAGAAAGGCUGAAAGGCUAGCACGCGAAAUUGAACAGGAUAGCUCAUUCUAUGAGCGUGCUGAAAUAGACAGUGGGAAAACUGAGGAGGAACUGUACUCUGCUGUACUACGGACUGGCACCCCCUCAUCUGGACAGCAAAGAUAUGUUCCACCUGCUCGAAGGAACAAGCAAACUCCAGUUAUGAUAAGAAAAGAUGAAGCCAAGACGGAGGAGACAGUGGCGUCCCUAUCUGUUUCCAAACAAGACGAACUAAUGAAGCCACCAAAAUCAGGCAUGGUAGAUGAUGCAGUAUCAAGCACCAAUGAGCAGCUCAAACCUGAAAUAAAGAGUGAGGAAAAAGAGGGAGAAAUGACACUGGACACGAAUCCUCCACAGGCCACCCCUCUUAACAGUAUGCCUGCAAGCAAGAAUACAUCAGUGAGCUCGUUGCCUGGGAAACCUGCUUCACAAACCACUGGUUCUCCACCACAGGCAGCACCUAAUCCUCGUGUAAUACCAAUGGUGUCUACUAUUGCAGCGUCUGGUCCAGGUCUGGUCAAGCCCAUCCCAGAACAUAAGCAGACAGACAAAGGAAACCGGGAGGUUCUUAAUGAUUUAUUAACAUUUAAAGAUAACUUCAAGUUGGAAACGAAGCCAAGAAUCCCAAGAGAAGAAAAAAAGGAACAAGGCUCACUAAGUCCUGAACUCACAGAAUCUCAGAAAGUUGAACAGAGUCAGGAUUUAGUCACACAGUCUGCUAAACAGGCAGAUUCUCCUAAACCAGCUGAGCAAAAAAGUGCUGCUAUAGCUCAAGAAGCAUCACCUGCAAUCAAGUCCAAAUUGAAUCCAAAUGCGAAAGAAUUUGUCCUGAAUCCAAAUGCAAAAGAGUUCAAGCCUUCCCCCCAAGUACAGAGAACACCUCCGCUAGUAUCCACUCCGCAGCCUAUGUACGCACCUCAUAUCCCUGCUGUGGGGUCCAGUGGCGUUGUUUUGAUGCCCUACUCACCUACAACAAGCCGAUCUAUGGGUUUCGCUGGCUAUCCAAUGGUACAGCCGUCCCAAGCACAGAUGUACAAAGCUCCUCGUUCACCUGGUUUUACACCUGGCAAAUCACGAUUUUAUGAGCCUAGUUCAGGCGAUCCCUCACACCCACCGCCACAUGGCCAUGUGGCCAUCCCUGCAGCUCUUGCCGCUGGUAACCCUAUCAUCCAACCAGGAAGCAUACCCGGCAUGCAGUACAUACCUCAGGGCAUGCCCUUCAUGCCACAGAUGGUGCAGGCUGGAUCAGGGCCUUAUAUGACUGUCAGUCAGUCGGGCCAGCACAGAUAUAUCCAGCCACAAUCAGCUGGCAUGACAACAUCAAUUGCCCACUCUAUGCACCAGGGCUAUCAAGAACAGAUGACUAUAUAUGCAACUCCCCCACAUCAGAGCCCUGCCCAGGCUAGCCCCUCUCAGCAGGGCCAGUUCUUCCAAUACCAGGCCAUGCCCCCACAGAUGAUGGCCAACCCCCAGCACCCAGGAGUUCCACACCAGCCUCAAGGCCACAUGGGGGCUCAGUCACCCAGCCAGGUGGCCCCGCCCCAGCAGUUUGUCUAUCUACCUCAGGGCAUGCCGCAGCCUGGAGGGAUGCCUGCUUCUCAGAUGGGGCAAUUCGUACCUGUGUACAUAGCACCGCCUCAGGCAUAUCCGAGAGAUGAGGUUGACAGUGAUACCCAAACAUCACCAACACCAACUAGUGAAGCGGCUAGGGAGGAGAUAGUACCUCAGGAGAAAGACAAGUAGUCACGCUUAAACAAUCUCACAUAGAGAAAGACCAAAAGUCACAUUGGAACAAGCUCACAAAAUGAAACAGCAGUAGUCAUGUUUAAACAAGCUCCAUAGAGAAAGACCACAAUUCAUUUGGAACAAGCUUACAUAGAGAAAGACCAGUAGUCAUGUUGGAACAAGCUUACAUAGAGAAAGACCAAAAUUCAUUUGGAACAAGCUCACAUAGAGAAAGACCAGUGGUCAUGUUAGAACAAGCUCGCAUAGAGAAAGACCAGUAGUCAUGUUGGAACAAGCUCACAUAGACAAAGACUGAUAUGUUUUUCAAGGGAUGUGUCAAUUAAAUUUCCAUAGCUCCUCUGCUUUAAAGUUUUGAACAAAAAUAUUAUAUCUGCGAGAGAUUUAAGAAAAGUGCAUGAAGGUAAAAAAAUUCAUGAACUUGAACCAUCAAUAACUCUAAUAUGAUAAAAUAAUAUCUGAGAGAAAAAAGAAAAAUGGUUAAAGGUCAACAAUUACAAUAACUUGAACUAUCAACAACUCUAACUCCUGCUGAUGGGAUUUUAUUUUUCUUGAGGUUUGAGUUAUUGAGGUUACAAGUAUUCUGCAAAUUUAUGAAGAAUAUUCAUGGAAUGAAACUUUUGGAAAAUUUAUCAUCUAGCGUCUGUGCAGAAUUCUAGCAUACCAAAAGGUUUUUGCAGGCCCUCUUUGGAUGUAAGAGAGGGGUCUUUUGUCCAGUGUCAGAAAUCUGCCAGAUUUCUAUAUAAAUUUUUCUAAACAUUAAAUAAUGUUUAAAUGAAAUCUCACUAAUCUUCUUGGGGGUUUUAGCAGCUUUGUUAGAUUUUGCUAAAUAUUUUUCUAUUCUAUCUGGCAUUUUAAUUGUUUCCUGUGCCUUCUUGAGGGUUGUCUGUCUGUUUUGGACAAACUGAUGUAAUUGUUAGAUUUCCUGCAAAAUUGUUUGUUUUAGCUUAGUUUCUAUACUCAGGUUAAUAACAAUAAAUUUGUUACCACAGUUUCAAAA